GCGACGAGGAAGCGGAAGAGGCGGCCAUGGAGCUGGCGGACGCGGAGGCGGCGGGCCCCUCGCCGGAGGCUCCCGCGCCGGCCGAGUGUGCGCCGGCGGAACCGGGCGGCCUCCCUGGGUUAGUUCACGAUCCAUUGGUGCCAACACAAAGUUCCUCAUCCAGAGUCAUAGUACACGUGGAUCUUGAUUGCUUUUAUGCACAAGUAGAAAUGAUCUCACAUCCAGAAUUGAAGGGGAAGCCUUUAGGCGUUCAGCAGAAAUACUUGGUGGUUACUUGCAACUAUGAAGCUAGGGAGCUUGGAGUUAAGAAACUUAUGAAUGUCAGAGAUGCAAAAGAGAAGUGCCCACAGCUGAUAUUAGUCAAUGGAGAAGACUUGACCCGUUACAGAGAAAUGUCUUACAAAGUUACAGAAUUGUUGGAAGAAUUUAGUCCCAUUGUUGAGAGACUUGGAUUUGAUGAGAAUUUUGUGGAUCUAACAGAAAUGGUUGAGAAGAGACUCCAGCACCUUCAAAGUAAUGAGCUUUCUGCAGUGACAGUGUCUGGUCAUGUAUACAAUAAUCAACCUGUGAACCUCCAUAAUAUCAUGCAUAUGAGACUACUUGUUGGAUCCCAAGUAGCAGCAGAGAUGCGGGAAGCCAUGCAUAAUCAGCUGGGGCUCACAGGUUGUGCUGGAGUCGCUUCUAAUAAACUAUUGGCAAAAUUAGUUUCUGGUGUCUUUAAACCAAAUCAACAAACAGUCUUACUACCUGAAAGUUGUCAAGAUCUCAUAAAUAGUUUGAACCACAUAAAGGAAAUGCCUGGUAUUGGCUAUAAAACUGCGAAACGUCUUGAAGUUCUGGGAAUCAACAGUGUGUGUGAUCUCCAAAGCUUUUCUUUCAAAAUAUUAGAAAAGGAAUUAGGAAUUUCAGUUGCUCAGCGUAUCCAGAAGCUCAGUUUUGGGGAGGAUAACUCUCCUGUCAUGCCCUCAGGACCACCUCAGUCCUUUAGUGAAGAAGAUUCAUUUAAAAAAUGUUCAUCAGAAGUAGAAGCUAAAAAAAAGAUUGAAGAACUUCUUGCUAGCCUUUUGAACAGGGUAUGCCAAGAUGGAAGGAGGCCCCAUACAAUACGAUUAGUAAUCCGUCGAUAUUCACCCGAGAAGCACUACAGUCGUGAGAGUCGUCAGUGUCCCAUUCCAUCCCAUAUCAUUCAGAAGUUAGGGACAGGAAAUUAUGAUGUGAUGACUCCAAUGGUUGAUAUACUUAUGAAACUUUUUCGAAAUAUGGUGAAUGUGAAGAUGCCAUUUCACCUUACUCUUCUAAGUGUAUGCUUCUGCAACCUAAAAGCCCAAAAUACUGCUAAGAAAGGGCUUAUUGAUUAUUAUCUAACACCUUCAUUAUCAACAACUUCACACUCUGGCAAGCGCAGCUUUAAAAUGAAAGACACUCAUAUAGAAGAUUUUUUCAAAGACAAAGAAACAAACUCGAAUUUUCUACCAAGUGGAAGAAUUGAAAGUACAGGAACUGGGGAAUCUCCAUUGGACACUACAAAUGUUUCUAAUGAAAAAGAUGUUAAUGAAUUUCCACUCUGUUUACUUCCUGAGGAGGUUGACCAAGAAGUUUUUAAGCAGCUUCCUGCAGAUAUUCAAGACGAAAUACUUUCUGGAAAAUCUAGAGAAAAAUUUCAAGAGAAAGGAAGUUUGAGUUGUCCACUACAUGCUUCCAGAGGAGUAUUAUCUUUCUUUUCUACAAAGCAAAUGAAAGAUAUUCCAUUAACUUCUAGAGAUAAUUUAUCCAGUAGCAAGCAGGUAUCUUCUACAUAUCCUUGUGAACCAGGAACCUCAAGUUCAAGUAGCAGUAAUUCCUGUUAUUCAUCUAGCCAAAAAGAUUACUCAUACUAUAUAGAUAAUCGAUUAAAAGAUGAACGAACAAGUCAAGGACCUAAAGAAUCUCAAGGAUUUCACUUUUCCAAAAUAAACACUACUGUAUCUGUUUUCCAUUCAUUUCCAAAUUUGCAGAGUGAGCAGCUUUUCUCCAAAAACCGCAGUACAGGCAGCCAUAAGCAAACAACAACAGCCUCUCCUCAAGAAGGACUUCAAGAAAAAGGAGAGCAAGAGUCUGCUGCAGAGAAAGUUACUUUUCCACCUGAAGUUGAUCCUCAAGUUUUCUAUGAACUACCAGAAGAGGUCCAGAAAGAAUUGUUGGCUGAGUGGAAGAGAGCUGCAUCAGAUUCCACAUAGUGCAUAAAGCACAGCCAGAACAGGGGCUUAAAAUUUUAAGCAACGGAGUUAUCAUUGUUCUCAGAUUAGUAGGAUUUGCAGCUCCUCUUAAUUAAACACUGAUAUUCAAUAAUGUAGAGAUCCAGUGGUCAUAAGAGGUACAUUCUGAUACAAAGCAUAAAAAUAUAACAAUAAUGUAAAAAUAUUCUAAUUUCUACAACUAUUUUACUUUCCAAUAAAAGGAAUCUGUCAA